AUGGUUAAAGAUGAGAAAACUGGGACUUGCUAUCAUGUCGAUCACUUGCUCAAGGACUUCUACAGUGAAAAGCUUCAAAAAGACAUUUCCAUAACUGCCAAGGAGGCUGCAGAACUGAAGCGCAUACUUGCUGUUUUGGAUGAUCUUUCAGCUGAAGAGCUGGGUGCCAAACUUAAGGAGUAUGGCAUUACAGCUCCAGACACUAAGAAUCCAUUUUCUGAUCCAUAUCCAUUAAAUCUUAUGUUCCAAACAUCAAUAGGCCCAUCUGGCUUGAGCCCUGGUUCAUGCGGCCAGAAACUGCACAGGGCAUAUUUGUUAACUUCAAAGACUUGUACUAUUACAAUGGGAACAAGCUUCCUUUUGCUGCUGCUCAAAUUGGCCAGGCUUUCAGAAAUGAGGGUAUUAGCACAUAUCUUGGAGCAGCUCCCAUUGUUGAAUGUUUGGAAAAGCACCAACCUAAUGUAGUAAUAACUUCUUGUGUUGCAGAAGCUGCCUUAUUUUUGGUGCCAAUGGUAUGCAUUUUGUUUAUUCUCAUACAAAAUUAAUUACUCUUAAGAUAUUUCCAAGUUUGCCAAGUAAAAAAAAAGGUUUGCUUUAUAAAAAUAUAAAAAGCAGCA